CGACAAAACAUUGUAGUGUUAUCUACAGAAGCUUUUGUAGCUGUGUACUUGUUCUCAUGGCCUCGGACUAUCAUGGUCAUUCACGUAGUUGUACUGGGUGCUGGAGUGGUUGGACUAUCCACUGCCGUUAAUGUCCAGUCAAUCCUUCCUAACGCGAAAGUGACCAUCGUUGCCGACAAGUUUGACCAAGAGACAACCAGCGAUGGAGCGGCGGGCAUAUUUCGUCCUAAUCUGGAACUAACACCGGCUAAGUCGAGCCAGCAAGCACGGAAGUGGCUGGAGGAUUCAUUUGAUUGGUUCGAUCGAAUUUGGCAGUCAGAUGAAGGACCGGAAGCUGGCGUCAUCCGGGUGUCUGGUUACCAACUAAUGAAUGAGAAAGUGGCACUGCCAAUACAUCGUCACAUGGACUAUGGAUUCUCGGUUCUGUCCACUGAACAACUACAACGCUUACCUGUCGGCAAAAGAUACAAAUAUGGUUGGUGGUAUGAUACCUUGAUGGUAGAAUGUCGACGUUAUCUCCCUUGGCUCAUGAAGAGAUUUCGUACAAAUGGAGGGUAUGUUAUUUGCCAGAGGGUAACAUCUUUAUCAGAGAUACCCGUGUGUGAUGUCACAGUGAACUGCCUCGGAUGGGGAAGUCGGCAGUUGUUUGGUGAUGACGAUAUGUUUCCUGUCAGGGGGCACACGCUUAGGGUAAAUGCACCGUGGGUGAAACAAUUUUAUGUUCUCGGUAAUGGAGACCACUUCAUAUACCCCGGACAAGAUGAUGUGACCUUGGGAGUCACACGUGAAGUCGGUCAAACUGAACUUGACUACAUCCCAGAAACUUUUAACCGAAUCCGUGGAAUAUGUCAGGACAUUCUCCCAUCUCUCAAAGACGCCUGUGAGGUAAGACGAUGGGUGGGAAUCCGUCCCCAUAGACAUGAUAUCAGACUGGAGAAGGAGGCGGUCAAGGUGGACGGAAGGACAAUCCAGAUCAUCCAUAACUAUGGUCAUGGUGCUAACGGAGUUUGCUUCAGCUGGGGAACAGCCCUGGAUGCUGCUCGGAUGGCAGUGGACCAUGUCAAGGUCAAAACGUCGAAGUUAUGAGGGUUAAAUGCUAAUGUCAAGGUCAUUACACAAAGGUUCAUAACUAGUAUAUCAUGUAAGUAUUUGAUACCUGUCAUGGCUACCCGGCCGUGUGUAUCAGAUAGCAGUUAAUUUUAUACAAAAUGUGUGGACAUGGAUUUGGAUGGAAGCUGUAACAGCGAGAGAGUCUGAUGAUCAUGAUGUCGAUGGAUUUAGAAAAUUAACUUUUGGAACUAUACGGAACUAAACCAUUUAGGUUUGGUCAUGCCAAUACUGGCCGAAAUGAUUGUCUGUGGACUCUUAUAAUUGCAAUUUAUCUUAAUUUAUCUCAUUGCAUGCAAGCCUCAAGGAAAGAAGUGUGGAACACUAACGACAUGGUUUAUGAUAUACAAUACCUUUUCAAAGCGAGGUACACCAUGAUGCCACUCUGAUUUUGUUCCUGCCAAUAUUUCAGUGGAAAAGAGAAAUUAUGUAAUUAUGUUCAAAUGUUAGGAAAAGAAUGCCAAUUUCGUUAAGCAUAUUUCCAUGAUAAGAUAAUAUCUAUGAAAUAUUCUCUAACAGGUUUGUGGUAAAAUAAUAUAAAUUUUUCUACAAGUUUCUAUCCAAAGAGAAUAUUUGUAAAGUGUUUAUACAUUAUGAGAUUUAAACAAAAAUAUUAUGAGAGCAAAAUUUCAUUACUGUUUUAUCAUCUAUAUACAUGAUUGAUAUGGUCGUAAUGACAAAACAGUUCUUAUGAAUGAGUGAAAAAGAUAUUUUUUAUGUUAAAUAGAAAUCAAGUGGACAGAUAAAACAAGCAUACUGUGUAUUGUUAAAGCAAUUCAUGUCCUCUACAGGCCCCCACAGGUUACUAUAUGAUGAUGAUUAACUAAGAUGUUUGGUGUUAAUUUAAAAAAAAGAAAAAUAUAAUAGUUUGUUGCUGAUUUUAAUAUAACAAUGCAAUAAAGAAGUAAAAUAAUAAGACAACACAGCUGAUAACAAUUUUCUAUAAUAAUCAUUGUGACCUUGACCGUGAUCCAGCAAUCUAGAAAUUCCCAUUUGUUCUUGUGCUUUAA